AUGAUCUUUUCGGUCCUCGACGAGUACCAAGUCAAUGCAUCCUCGGUCAAGAUCAAAAGGUGUCAGUACGAAUAUUGGCCGAUAUUACAACCCCUGGCGACUUUGAUCAUCACUGCAACUCGUGACACAUUUAACAACGAUUGGGUUCAGGCUUGUCGCGAGAUCUGGAGACGUCUAUCCGAACACGAGCUUGGUCACAUCAAUGUCGAAAUCUUGGAACCAACUCUCCACAGCCCAUUUCACUUCUGGCCCGUGGAUUCAAAACACCCUUACUUUUUGAAGCACAAGGAUGUGAUGGAAAAAGUCAGAACUGAGAUCGGUGCUGUAGAUUGGGUUGAACUUGCAGCGUACCGUAUAGGAACAACCUCGAGUAUGAAAAACAGCGAGGUGUUCCUGCAUCUUAUUGUCAAUUUCAAGAGCGAAAGAGACUGGCGCGAUACCCGAGAACAGAUGGUUUCAAUUUUGGAAGAUUUAAAACUUCCAAUGGUCGGAGUCAUGAUCCAAAAAGGCAAAAGGUUGGGGUCACGGUUUGGGCUGUGA